AUGGCAUCUGCUCAACAAAAUAUUCCAACUACUCAAUCAGCAUUACAAUGGGUUAGAGUGAGUGGACAGAAUCCAUUUGAAUGGACAACAUCCGCACCUGUAAUUCAACCAUCACAAUUAGAUGAUCAUCAAGUUUUAGUUCGAAAUCAUGCUGUUUCACUCAAUCCAAUCGAUUAUAAAAUGGCAGAAUUAAAUUUUGCUAAUAUAAAAUUACCGGCUACAACUGGCUAUGAUAUUAGUGGUGAAGUAGUUGCGAUUGGAAAAGAAGUGAAAGAUUUAAAGGUUGGUGAUGAAGUUUUUGGCCUUUUAAAUCUAGAUUCAAGUAAUGGUGGAGGAGCACUUCAACAAUAUUCAGUUGCAGAAGCCGAUGGAAUAGUCAAGAAGCCACCAAAUAUUAGCCAUGAAGAAGCAGCAACACUUGGUGUAGCAUUUCUAUCUGCUAUGGAUGGAUUUCGUCAAGUGAACGUUGAUUCAUCUACAACAGUAUUUAUCCCUGGUGGUUCAGGUGGCGUUGGUCAUUUUUCUGUGCAAAUCGCAAAAAUUCGAGGCGCUAAAAGAGUGAUUACAUCGGCAUCGAAAGAUGAAGGAAUCACAAUUCUUAAAGACCAAUAUCACAUUCAAGAUGUUAUUAAUCAUGCUAAAGAAAAUGUAACCGAUCGUGUACUCGAACUGACUCAAAAUCAAGGUGUUGAUGUUACUUAUGAUUCUACAUAUCUUGAAUCAAGUUUUGAAAAAUCAAUUCCAACAGUUAAAGCAGGUGGUACAUGGAUUGUCCUCGGUCAUUAUGGACAACCAGAUAGUCAAGAAGCCAAAAGUGUUGCUCAACGAAAGGCAAAUUUGAUUCAUGCUGAUUUAGGACGUUAUUGGUUUGGACCUGAACGAGCACAAAUGAAAACACUUGUUCAAGAUGCGUUAACACAAGGUGCUGAAUGGAUUAUACAAGGAAAACUUAAACCAUAUAUUAAUCAAAUAGUUAAACUCGAAGAAGCACAAAACGCCAUCGAAAAGAUCAAGCAAGGCAAAGCUGGAUUCGGUAAAGUUGUUAUUAAAUUAUAA